AUGAACAGCAAUAAUAACUAUUAGCAGCUCAAUUCUGAGCCAAAUUAAUUCUCUUAAGGAUAAAAUACACCAACAAUAUAAGCAUAACCUCAACAGCCAUAAUUAAUUUCAUAGUUGCCUGAUUUUUCAAAUUAUCCGCCACCCUCUUAUGAUAACUUUAAUAAUCAGAUGCCUUAAUAAAAAUAUUCUCCCCCUCCUCCUCCUCCUCUUUAAAGUUACGCUCCAAAUCAAGCAUAAAACUAUCAAGCUCUUCCUUCCUAAAAUUGUUAUUAGCCUCCAUUAACUACAAAUUACCCAUCCCCAGCUUAAAAUUACUACCCACCUCCACCUUAAAAUGGUCCUUAUCAUAUUCCUUACUAAACAAAUUAACUUUAACCAUAGCAAUAUACUCCUAUGUAUUAGAAUUAGGUAAUGUUAUAAAAUGGCGAUAAUUUAAAUCCUUAUUAAUUUUGCCCAUAAUGUAAUUAAGUAAGACCAACAAUAAAGUCUGGCUAGGCUGGUACUGGAGCAGUCAUUUGUGCUUGUUUACUUUGUAUUUUUUGUGGAGUAUUUGGACUUUUUGCUUGUUGCUGUGAAUAAUGCUAAGAUAAAGAAUACAGUUGUUAUGUUUGUCGUACAGUUUUAAAAAUUGAACCUUACUAACCAUGUGGUUGA